AUGAAAUCUAUAAUCGUUCUGUUCUCAGCAUUUGUGGUCUUUGAUCUAUCAAGGACAGAGGAUAGUAAAUGUAGUGGACCAAACUGUGAACAAAUUAUAUCUAUGCCUUUGUUGGAUAAUAUGGAAGCUACACUGAAGGCGGACUUAGACGUUAGGAAAUUGAAAACAGUUUUAAGAAGUUUUAUCCGUCAGGUAGUGAAGAAAGAAGUUGAAUAUGUAAUGCGGGAGGAUAUGAGGACAAUAAUGAACGAGUCGGUGUCGAAUGUAGAAAAUAUUUUUAAGGACAGGACGAAUGAAAUGAAGCUUGGCCUCAAUUCAGAGUUUGAUGAACUUCAGAAGAGAAUAAUGAACGAGUCGAUGUCAAAUUUUGAAAAUCUUUCUCACAGGACGAAUGAAAUGAAGCUUGGUCUCGAUUCAAAGUUCGAUAAAUUCAUGAAGGAAAAAGAAAUGCAAGACGAAGAAAAUAAAGUGGCCUUGACAGCACAGCUUACAUCUACACCAUCCUCAAACGGCAUAAUGAAGUUUGACAACGUUAUAUUUAGUGUCGGUUAUAAUAACCUCCAGUCGUAUAAAAGUACCGGCAAGUUUAUUUGUGAGAGAAGUGGACUGUAUCUGAUUUCUGCAUCUAUCGUUUCAAGUAAAAAUAAUGGUCACUUCUACUUGUACCUUAACAAUAAUGCGAUAACGGCCACUUACAUUAGUUAUGACGAUAAUAAUCCUUCUACAACGCAAAACACCGGUACGAUUGUUUUGACUCUGCAGUUAGAUCCUAAUGAUAGUGUGUGGGUAAAGAAUGGUAUCACUAGUAUAAACACUGGUAAAUGGUCCACAUUAACAGUUGUAAAAGUGAGAUAA